AUGAGUAUGCUGCAGCAAAUAUUAGAUCAAAUGUUUGUGGAUCCCGAAAUUUUGGAUGCUCUCGACGAGGAGCAAAAACAAAUAUUGUUUAUCAAAAUGCGAGAGGAACAAGUAAAACGUUGGAAUGCUUUUAACGAGCAGUGUGAGAAGGAGGAUGAGCCCCAAAGCAGCAAAUCAAAGGAUAGUUCGCGAGGAAUCAAAUGGUUGAAGGGAGAAGACGGCGAAGUUUGGGUUUGGGUUAUGGGUGAACAUAAAGAUGAUCUAACCAUUGAACAAAUUACGGAAAAACGAGCCCUUGAAGAAGCACGACAACUUGCUGAGAAAGAAAUGCUGGAAAGCAUGCGUUUAACGGAAUUGAGUGAUGAUAAUGCGGCUGUGGUCGAGCCACAUGAAGAUGAGAACACACUGAAAGAACAGCUGAGCCGUAUUAAACCGUGGAAUGGCGCACAUGCGUCUUACAAAAUACAGGAAUCUGUAUAUGAUGAUGCAGAUUCACUGUUUGGCUCAUCGUAUAAUGGUAAUGUACAUUCUCCUUCGCGUAUCACUCCUGCUCCAGGUUCGUCUCGCAAAGGGAUCCUAAAGAAGUCUAAGGAAAAUUUUACUACUGAUAAUAACAGUAAUAAAGAGGAUAAACUUUCAAACGAUACUGACACUGAGACAGAGAAGACAUGCGGCACUGAUUUGUUAACUGAUUCUUCGAAAAGCAAUGGUUCGGAUGAACGCUCAGAAGUUUCGCCGACUACGCCUAAUAAUAGUUUCGGUGAAAUCUUUGUCGGUGACCUGAGCCGUACGAACUCAUCUUCUGGAAGUGAAGCAGUAAAUGCUUCUCCUUAUGGAGCUUACAGUAACUAUUUGCCACUUUCGUCCCAGCCUAUUGGGUCAGGCAUCCGUCGUAGGCUAGGAAAAGGAGACAUACUGGCAGGUUAUGGCGGUCCAAGCGGAAUGAAGAUACCUAAUACACCAAUAAAUGCUACAAAGCCUGCGUGGAUGACUGGAAGUUGUCCUAAUGGAAGCUUUUUCACUGUUCCACGAAGCCGAUUUUGGAAUAUGAGCACAAAGAUCACUCCUCCUCAGAAAGCAAACUCUGAUAACGAGACGGUAGUGAAAUUCCGACCUGAUCUUAGUACCAGACAUGAAUUAUCGGACAUCGACGAAGAACUCACCAAACGACAAUCAGAAAUUUUCGAACAGAUCAAGGAAAAACAUCAGCAGUUUGACAGAGAAGCAGAACAGGAGGCAAAACGUGUUGAACAAGCUUGGGAGGAACAAGAAAGAAGAGCACGUGAAGCGGAAGCUCAAAUUCGACAAAUUGCGCAGAGAGCUCGUGAACAGCACCGUCAACAAAGUUUGCGUACAUCCAGCUCAAUUUUGCCGGUUCUGAAAAAUAUGAAUCCUUCACGUUUGAGAAAUGCUCUGAAGAGUUUACCCCGUCCUCCCAAGCCAAAAUCGCGUGAUGCAAUAAUUAAUUGGUUCAGAACUGAAGAGCUGCCACGAGGAACCGGUUUAGAUCCAGUGACACGUCGACCAGCUGUUUGGUUCCAUGGAAUCAUACCACGAAGUAGAGCUGAUCGACUGCUACAGAAAAAACCCUCUGGUUCAUUUCUUAUUCGCGUUUCGGAGCGUAUUUGGGGUUAUACCCUAUCGUAUGUGGUUGAAGAUGGUAAUGUAAAGCAUUUUCUGAUCGAAAAAAUACCACAAGGCUAUCAAUUUCUGGGAAUAAAUCAAGUAGUGCACCGUCAUCUUCGUGAACUUAUUGCAUUUCAUAAGAUUUCGCCAAUAACAAUUAGAGGACAUGAGCUAUUGCGCUGGGCGGUGGGACAAGUGGAUACUGAUUUGCCGGAUUAUGCUGAUCUUAUUUCUUCUGAAUGA